AUGCCUCUGAUCUUGAUAUCAGGUUUCCCUUGCUCAGGCAAGACUCAUCGCGCAAAGCAACUCCUUGACCUUCUCAAACCAAAGAUCGAUUCCUCGUCUGACGAACGUAUACGAAAAUUGACCGUUCACUUAAUCAAUGAUCAGUCACUAGGAGUCAGCCGAGGCGUUUACAGAGAAGCAAAGACUGAGAAGGACGCUCGUGCAGCUGAGCUUUCUGCGGUGAAGAGAUUACUGAGCAGAGAUGCUAUUGUCAUUGCGGACGGCUUGAACUACAUCAAAGGCUUCCGAUAUCAACUCUACUGCGAAGCGAAGGCCGUUCGAACGCCAAGUUGCGUCGUCCAUGUAGGAACACCAGCUACAAAAUGCGGAGAAAACAACGACCGCCUACUCUCGGAGGCUGGAGGGAAAGAUGGCUACGAGCAGGAUAUCUUCGAGAACCUUAUAUUUCGGUAUGAAGAGCCGAAUGGGAUGACACGCUGGGAUAGUCCACUGUUUACAGUCCCAAUUGAUGAUACAGAGCCUCCUGUUGAGCAGAUAUGGGACGCUAUCAUUGGAUCAGAUGGACAAAUGAAAAUGGCUAAGCCAAAUGCUGCAACAAUCACUCCGCAGGCAACAGAGUCAGAUUACUUGUACGAGCUUGAUAGAUCUACUCAAGAGGUCGUGAGUAGUGUGCUUGACUGGCAAAAAGACCAUCCCGGCGAAUCUGGCGAGGAAAUCAAGUGUGGAAGUGAUACUAUUGUUUUACCUUCCAACCCAGUCUCGCUUCCUCAACUGCAACGUAUUCGGCGGCAAUUUACCAACAUGAAUCGGCAGACUCAUAUAUCAAAGUCACGGAUUCGCACUUUAUUUGUGGAGUAUCUAAAUGACAACCUAGGAUGA